GAUUGACAAACUACAUAUCAACAAGGUCGAAGAAAGAAACAUGUCGAAAAACUACGAAAACUGGCAGAGACUGUUGAGGGCCGUUCGAUUUAGAGAGCUAGACAACCAAAUGAUGUUGUUAAAAUCCAGAGAGUCUCCAUUAUCUAGUUUCGAUCUCGGUUACAACACGACAUCCGCAAUAGUCGACGACGAUAAUCCCCAAAAGAGAAGUUUAUUAGCGAUGAACUUCUUGGGUUUAGGUCUCGACCACAGUCAAUGGAAGUCGAUGCUCCCAACCGAUAAAGAUGAACUAGUAUGGACUUCAAUUUUUUCGGUGAGAUUUUUCCUCGACAAAAAUGGAAGGAAUUGUUUCUUGUUUGGAGCCUACUCAAGACCUGAAAUUUCACCUCAACCUGGCUACCAGUUUAUUCGUUACCCUAACUCCAGAUUCCCAUAUGUGGUUGAGCUUCAAAAUACAUGGGGGGUGGAUAUCAGUUGCCGAAUAAGAGCACGAUUGUUUUCACCGGAGACGAUAUACGUAGUAUAUCUUUUGAUCGGUUACAGUUAUAAGGACGAAAGAGCUCCUCAAAAGGCGCUUUCGUUCGUCGGAAUCGACGAAGGUGUAUGGGAGUACGGUUAUUCGAAAGAGCUAGCAAGGAUUGUGGAGUUUGGCCGGAGCAAAGAGAGACCGGAUAGAUGGAGGGAAAUUGAAAUCGGAAAAUUCUAUACCGGUUUGGAGGAAGAUCGGAACGUGGGAGAAGUUAGCGAUGUGCUCGUGCAAUUGCUCGGGAGUACCGGAUAUGUUAUCGAAGGGAUUGAGUUUCGACCUUUGGAUGAAGAUGAAGAGAGAGUGGAAAAUCUUCCGGAGGAACUUUUUUCGGAUUUAAGGGUUUCGGAAAACAUAUAAUGUGGUACGCUUGUUUUUCAUCGCAUUUAAGUAACAUUUGAUUUUUAGAGUUCUUGAAAAGCAAUUCUAAAUUUGCUUCUAAAGAAAAGAGUAAGUUUAAUGUAUGGAAUUAAGAGCUUAAAGAUUUUGAAGUUCUUU